CGCGUUUUGACCCUGCGGAACCUCCCCACACACCGCCACCAUCACCACUCCUCCUCCUCCUCCUCCCUCCUCCUCUUCUUCUUCUUCGCUCCUCUCUCGGGGUCUGAAAACACCAUCGCUCGCUCUCCAGCCGUGACAUUUUCCAGCCUGUCGCCGCGCGGACAGCAAGCGAGAGAGCGCGAGAGAAACCGGAAGGGAGGCUUUUUCUUUCUGUGUCUUGUUGUCUUCCACGCGAGCACCGAGCAUCAUCAUCAUCAUCAUCAUCAUCAUCAUCAUCCGCGAGGUCUCCGCGAGCCCCCCGGAGCCAGAGGAGAGGCGCUGCAGGACCAGGAGGAACCCCCCUUUUCUCUCCACGGGUUUUUCUGGACUAUACACCGGACCCGGCCCUCCUCCUCCUCCACCACCUCCCCACCCUCACCCACCUUCCUCUCCCAAGACCAGGACCAGGACCAGGACAGAACUGGAUAUUUACAUCUCGGGACGGAGGCAGCGAGCAGAGCCGAGCCGCGCAUCAUCAUCUCCGGUGUAGGACUGGCUGUCGAGGCGCAUGGAGAAGAGGUAUGAAGAGCUGGUGCACUACUCAGGGUCGGAGGGCAUGUCGGUGGGGGGGUACGGGGACGACGUCAGGCCGCUUCCUCCCCCGCAGUACGGACCCACCAUCCCGGACUCCCUGAAACACCACAAAGACCAGAUCUACGGUCACCCGCUGUUUCCACUGCUGGCCUUAGUGUUUGAGAAGUGCGAGCUGGCCACCUGCUCCCCCCGAGACUCCGCCUCCCUGUCGGCCUCCUCCCACCUCCCCGGCAUGACCAGCCACAGCGACGUCUGCUCCUCCGAGUCCUUCAACGACGACAUCGCCGCCUUCGCUAAGCAGAUUCGAUCGGAGAAACCCAUCUUCUCGUCCAAUCCUGAGCUGGACAACUUGAUGAUCCAGGCCAUACAGGUUCUCCGCUUCCAUUUACUGGAGUUAGAGAAGGUGCACGACCUGUGUGACAACUUCUGCCACCGCUACAUCACCUGUCUGAAGGGCAAGAUGCCCACAGACCUGGUCCUGGACGAGCGGGAGGGCGGCUCCAAGUCCGACAUGGAGGACUUCACCGGAUCCUGCACCAGUCUGUCAGAGCAGAAUGCAUCGUGGCUUCGGGAGCCGGAUGAAUGUGCCUCUACUCCUCUGGGAACUCCAGGCACCUGCGGCCUGCCUUCACACAGCACAGCAGACAACUGUAGCGACACAGGCGACGGUCUGGAUGGAGGAGUGGCUUCGCCCAGCACAGGAGAGGAGGACGAGUCCGACCGAGACAGGAGGAACAACAAGAAGAGAGGGAUCUUCCCUAAAGUGGCCACAAACAUCAUGAGAGCGUGGCUCUUCCAGCACCUGUCGCACCCGUACCCGUCCGAGGAGCAGAAGAAGCAGCUGUCGCAGGACACGGGUCUGACCAUCCUACAGGUCAACAACUGGUUCAUCAACGCCAGGAGGAGAAUAGUUCAGCCGAUGAUUGACCAGUCAAAUCGCUCAGGUCAGGGUGGUCCCUACAGCCCAGAGGGAGCAGCUCUCGGAGGCUACGGCCUUGACGGACAGGCCCACCUCGGUCUUCGGACGGCAGGUCUCCAGGGGAUGUCUUCUCUGCAGGGCGACUACCCCAGCGCUCUCCUGUCCCAGCCGGCCUACCCUCCCCACCCGGGCCCCUCCCUCCAUCCGUACCCGGGCCCUCACCCCCACGCCGCCGCCGCCGCCGCCAUGCUGCUCCACCCGCCACCGCACGCACACCCCGCAGAGCCGCUCCUCGCGCAGGGACUGGACAUACACGCACACUAGCGCACGUGGGUGUGUGUGAAGGAAAAUUACUGUAUGAAUGUGUGUGUGUGUAUGUGUGUGUGUGUGGUUGUGUGUGUGUGUGAUGACGCACACAGUACACUAUUUAAAGAAAAAAAAAGACACACUGCUCCGAAAGUUUACAUUCCCCACUGAAAGACACUGACCUCAAUGUAGCUGUUCCACUCGCUAACACACACACACACACACGCACACACACACACACACACACACACAGUCUAGACCCACAGGUUUAAGCCAUACCUCUCUCAGAGUAGAAGUGCUUCCUCCUCUCCAAAUGUUUCCACUGUGUCCUGUGGGUGAGACACAUGCUUUAAAACUACACUACCCAUCAUGCCUGCUGAAACCACAGGAAGACGCCUGAUUGGACCAGAAAGACAGACGGAUGAAUAUUUAUCCUCAGCAGCACACGGACGGACAGACGGACGGACGGACGCCAGGCGGGACUCGAUCCUGUGAGCACGCCUUCUUCUUCCUCACUGCUCCCUGUCUUCCUUCACACACACUUUAUUUAAAGCUGAUUUGAGUUGUUUCUUAUUCUAUUUUUCUAUUUAUGUGGCGGAUGCAGCUUCACACGAGCUUGUCGAAACGUUUAGUGCUCUUCCUCAGCAUGAAGCUAAAACACUAUGAAUGACUUCCAGUUCUGCCUCGCUCUCGUACCACUGACCUCCUUAAGACGCCAACAGGUGUCCGUUAACCUUAGGAUCUUUCCUACAAAUACACAGCACACACACACACACAGCACUACACUGAAAGCCAUUUACACACACACACACACAAACUUCUGUAAGCAUUUCUAGUACAUGUUUGUCUGUCAUGGCGGCGUGUGAGAGGAGCUGCAGCCAAAGGACUCUUCAAACAUUCAGCUCCCUCUCCGCUCUGCUCGGAAACAUUUCUGAAUGAUGAUGGGAAAUAUCGUUAAAGUAUUAAAAUGUUUUUUUCUAA